AUGAGUAACCCGUACCAUAACUCCUAUGAGAUGGGCAACAUCAACAAAUACUCGUCUAAUUCUAAUGAAGAUGACUUUGUAUCUUAUAUGAAUGAGAUACAAGAUAUCAAUAAUUCGUUAGACCAGUACUCAAACUUGAUAAACUUGAUCUCCAACAAGCAGCGAAAUUUUAUUCAGGAACUAGAUUUGAAUGAAGAGGACUCUGAUUAUAAUUCUAAACAAAUUGAUACUUUGGUAUCUGAAGCUCAAUCUUUACAAUUGACUUUGAAAAGUAGAAUCAAGAACGCACAAACUCAAGCAGUACAAGCCAAAGAUCAGACUAAGCUAGACCAAGCCGAAGCGUGCAGAAAAAGGUUCUUGGAAUUAAUUCAAGAAUAUAGGUUGGUGGAAGCAAACAACAGAGAGCAGACCAAGACCCAAGCUGAAAGACAAUACAAAAUCGUUAAGCCUGAUGCUACUAAUGAUGAAAUAAAGGCUGUAGUUGAAGAUGGCGACAGUCAACAAUAUUUCCAACAAGCUUUAUUACAAUCUAACAGAAGAGGUGAAGCAAGAACUGUUCUUAAUGAGGUUCAAGUUAGACAUAGAGAAUUGUUGAAGUUGGAAAAGACUAUGGCCGAAUUAACACAGUUGUUUCAUGAUAUGGAAGAGUUGGUUAUCGAGCAGGAUCAAGCUAUCCAACAAAUCGACGAUCAAGUUGGCACUGCCCAGCAUGAUAUCGAGCAAGGUGUUGGUCACACCAACAAGGCAGUCGUAAGUGCUAAAAAAGCAAGAAGAAAGAGAUUAUGGUGCUUUAUUAUCAUUUGUAUUAUUUGCGCUAUAUUAGCCCUUAUUUUGGGUCUUUACUUCGGUCUCAGACAUUAA